CUUGCAUGUCUCACUCUUACGAUCAUUCCAGCGGUGCUUACCGAGUUCAUUCUGACUAUCUGACCUGACUAAACCGAGGAUUCUACCUUCGCGACUCUGUCCGAAUCGCGCCAUCAUGACCACGUUAGUCGGGUUGGUCAUCCGAUUCAGCUUGCAUGCGCGAACAAGCUUUGGAGGCCGCCCCGAAACUGUCUUGCAUGUUCGAGAUCGUUCGGCUUUGGCCUCCUGACUGAAUCCAUGGACUUGGAUCCUUCCGAGAAGGAUAAAAGGGCAACCAACUCAAGGCUCUUACCGUUAUCUUUUUGAACUUCUACCAAGUCCCCUCUCACCCGAGCAGUGUCUCUUAGUCCAGCUCUCCUAUACUUGCCUAUUGACUCGCAACAUCUUUUGACAAUGGGUUUCGCUUCAUUUGUAUUCCACCGCGCUAUCCUCUAUUCUCUUCUGUGGGUUGCCGCUGUGAUUGAGCUAGGGCUGACAGGCUGGCGCGUACACCACACAAAGAGUACAGCAAGUUUUUAUGAUCCAAUCGUAGUCGCACUUCUCGUUUCUUCUAUCCUCACAAUUAUUUGGGUUCCGAUCACCACUUUCCUUCACGUAUUCAAAUCAAAGUCACUUAGCGCAGGAGAAGGUUACAAGCCUUUGCACUUCGAGUCGGCAGGAAACACCAUCCUGUGGAUAAUGUGGCUUAUUGAAGCUGCUAUCGCAACUCAUAAAUGGCCUACAAGGGCGUUUACAGGCUCCGGCCGUGAUGGGCAUGUUUUGCUCACACUUGUCGCAUUCGCAUGGAUUAACUUCGGCCUGCUGUCAUUAGCCAAGGUAGUUGUUGCGACACACUACGCGUAUCUACGUGGUGCAGCAGGUACGGCAGGUGCUACGCAUCAUGAAAAGCGAGAAACCUCUGCAUAAGGUGUUUCAGCUCUUUCGUCUUGUAGUUUGUGUUCUGCUUCCUACUUAGAUUGUCUUGAAUCGAUUCGGUGUCUUCAUUCUGCUUCAUGCACGCUGAUUCUUUGUCUGCCUCUUUGCCUGUCUCUUUGGUAUUAAUUCAUUUUGCACUUUAUUAACUGUACCCACGUUUCUUGACACGACUCCUUUGCAUCACAAGUAAUUGCAUGUAUAAAUAUAUGUUGUCACUAUACAAUAUAAUUUGCUUUAACGA